UCAUUCACUGUUCAAACGUUUGUUAUUGUUUAUAUUUCUGAAGGAAUUUAGCAAAUUUAUAUCUUUUUAAAUAUUACAAUCCCCCUUUCUCCGUAUGCAUAACGUAAUUCAAAAUGAAAAACUAUUUAUUACAUAAUUGAUGAAAGAUAAGCGACAGUUAAAAUUUGAUUAUGUUUGCAUUCAAUUAUUUACAAUUUUUUUCUGAUAUAUGGUAUUCUUUUUUGCUGUUAAAUGUCAUUAUUUGAAGACAACUUAAACACUAAUUGUGGAAUUAUAAAUGUUGAAGAUAUUUUAGCAAAUUUUUUCCUGAAAAAAAUUGAUAUGAAAAGCUCAAAAUCAGAAAGUGAUAGUAAAUACAAGAAGAAAUCAAAGCACAAGAAACAUAAAUCAAAGAAACAUAAACAUAAAUCAGGCAAAAGAUGUGACAGCUCUGAAAGAAGGAAUUCUAAUAGUUUGCAUUUUGGAUGCACUUCUAGUUCUGAAGAAAAGGAUAUUAAAAGACUGAAAAAAUUAAAGAAACUGGAUGUGAAAGACCCAGUGAAAUUUAAUUCUUUUUUGCCUGUGUCACUUUCUACUCAAAAUGUUCUACAUUCAGAUGAAGAUUUUGUUCAAAAUGGCACAUUCGCCAAAGUUGACCUUCCUUAUGGACCAUCUUUAGAACUAUUAUUGGCAAAUACAGAAGUAAUUGAAAGAAAUGCUGAAUCUAAAAAACAAGAUACUUUAUCAUUGGAUCAAAAUAAUGAAUCAUCUAGUCAUCCAACAGGUUCAAUAUCAACUUCUUGUUACAUUAAUCCUAUAUUAUGUAGUGAAUCAGUUUCUUCCUCAAAAGAAUCAGAAGAUUCAAAAUUAAUUGAAAAUGCCAGAGAAAGAAUGAAAUCUAAAGAAGAAAAUGUGUUAAAUGAUGUAGAAAUGUCUAGCGAUAAAUUACUCAAUAUCUCCAAACAGAUUGUUGGUGUGUCAGAAUUGAAAAGCUCCGAUAAUGAUUCUAUUGUAAAACUAGAAUUAAGUGACAAAAAGGAAAAAAGGAGCAAAGAUAGAUCUCAGUCCAGGUCUAGAAGUAAGUCAAAUCCUCGUAAGCGAUCCAGAUCUUCCUCUUCUCAGUCUAGAUCAAGGAAACAUUCAACAUCUAGGUCUAGAAGUAAAUCAAAUCCUCGUAAGCGUUCUAGAUCCAAAAGUUACUCGUCUCAUUCUAGAUCAAGAAAACAUUCAAUCUCUAGGUCUAGAUCUUAUUAUGGGUCUUGUAAAGAAAGAUCUGGUUCUAGAGACCAUUCAAAAUAUCAGUAUUCAUCCCAAUCAAACUCUAGACGAUCUAGAUUACGAAACUUGUCAAAAAGAAGAAGAAGAAGCCACAGUCAAUCAUCGGGAAGGCGUAGAAGGUCUCGUUCUUGGUCCUACCACAAAGAAUAUACGAAAUCAAAGCAUGAUUCUAAACGAAGAUCACGAUCCAUCAAUAGAAGAGAUAGGUCAAGGACACGCUGGAAAGAAUGCAUAUCUCAUCGAUCAAGGAGAGAAUGCAGUUACAAUGAUAGGUCAAACAAGAAAAAGAAAUCUAGCUCUGAAAGGGAGUCAAAAUUGAAAACUUCACGACCUAAUUCCAAAGAGAAAUAUAGUUCUUCAAAAAGUUGCAAAAUUGAUCAGGCAAAGAUUCGUGAAAUUGCUGAGAAGAAUGUUUUGAAUAUGAUACAGCAAGGCACAUUACCUGAAGGCUUUUCCAUAGAAAAUUUCAAAAAGAAAGAACUUGUUUCAGUUACAGCUGGCAGAAAAUCUGUGCAAGAACUUACAGAUUUCUGUGCCAGACUAUCCAAAAAAGAAAAUGAAUCUGAUACUGAUGGUGAUACUAAUGAUAUCAGCAACCUUGAAGGAGAAAAUGACUUUAUUCAUCAUCCUUUCAAACUGAAAGAACAGACAAUGAUAAAAUUAAAUAUUAAAAAUGCUGUACAAAUUCCAGUUAAAACUCAUGCUGAAAAGUUUGCUGAAACAGCCAAGCUAAGCUCUCAAUUUCCUGUUUCAAGUGGUAAUCAGCACAAACAGAAAGAACUUGAAUGGAUACCUGUAGUACCUGAAGAAAGUAAAAAUGUUCUUAAACCAAAUGAAAUCAAAAGCAUCAUUCCUAUUGAGUUAACAACUUCAGUCGGAAAAAACUUUGCUCCAAAGAUAAUGGAAAGCUCUGCAUCAGCCACAUCAGCACCUCUGCCUGUUUCUAAUGACAUUCCGUCCAUACCUCUGCCUUCUACUCCUAAUCAACCAUUGCUACCCCCUCCACUUCCUCCUUUAACACCAUCACUUCCACCUUUACCAACACCUCCUGUUCCUCCAUUUCAGUUACUGUCUUCAAAUUUAGUUACACAGACUUCUGAAGUGAAAGCACAAUGUACAAAUAACACUGAAACACAGUCGCCAUUGAGUUAUCCAUCUUUAUCAUUGUCUAGUAAUUUGCCAGUGCCAACUUGUAAUUCAGUUCAAGUAUCAUGUACAGAAAGUGGUAGAUCAUUUUUCAAGAAUCAACCAGUGUCAGCUUCAACAUCCCAAUUUGACUUCUCUUCAGUGUUUUGUAAGAAAUUUCAAGCUGAACAAAAGCUUCAAGGAGAUCCAAACAAUGCUGAAGCUUUAAAGGCCAUCCAAGAUGCUGAAGCAGCUAUACAAGAAUGGGUGAAUUCAUGCAGAGUUCCAGGAAUGUUUUAUGGAAAUACAUAUGUGAAACCUCUUCCACGGGAACGACUAGGUGGAUUCAAGGACUAUCGUGUGAAAAGAGAUGCAUUUACCCGUGCUGCACCUGUAACAGAAGGAAAAGGAAUGAGCUUGCUGAAAAAAAUGGGUUGGAAUCCAGGAGAGGGUCUUGGAAAGAAUAAAGAAGGCUCAUUAGUCCCCUUAAUAAUUGAUAUUAAAAUGGAUAAAAAAGGUCUAGUUUCUGAAGGAGAAAGUGGAAAGAACAAUAUAACAAAUGCUGUCAAGGAACUACAAGGAAAACAUCCCGUGUCUGCAUUGAUGGAGCUUUGCAGUAAAAGAAAAUGGAAACCUCCUCUAUAUACUGUUAUAAAAGAUGAAGGUCCUCCUCACAAGAAACAGUUUCUUUUCAAAGUAGAAGUGAAUGGUGUUGAUUAUCAACCUGUAAUGCCUUGUUCUAAUAAAAAAGAUGCAAAAGCAGAUGCUGCUAUUGUAUGCUUGCAAGCUCUCAAAGUGUUUCCUCCUUGAAUGGAAUGAUAUAAAUGUACAUUGUAUUAAUAAAAUAAUAAAGACUGCUGAUA